CACAGGCUAUCGCAAAGGAGUGCGGCAUCUUGAAGCCUGACGGCCUCGUGAUGGAGGGGCCCGAGUUCCGUAAUCUGUCAAGGCUACAGCAGGAAGACAUCAUUCCCAACCUCCAGGUGCUCGCCCGUUCCAGCCCCGAGGACAAGCGAAUCUUGGUACGCCGCUUGAAAGAUAUGGGUCAGACCGUUGCAGUUACGGGUGACGGCACCAACGAUGCGCCUGCGCUGAAGCUAGCCGAUGUCGGAUUUUCCAUGGGAAUUGCUGGUACAGAAGUCGCCAAGGAAGCUUCAGCUAUCAUUCUUAUGGACGAUAACUUUAACAGUAUUGUGAAGGCCUUGAAAUGGGGCCGAGCUGUCAAUGACGCCGUGAAGCGUUUCCUUCAGUUCCAGCUCACCGUCAACGUUACCGCAGUUGUCCUCACUUUCGUUACCGCUGUUUCCAACCCCAACUCUGAAGAGUCUUCCGUCUUGACAGCAGUUCAACUGCUUUGGGUAAACUUGAUCAUGGACACAUUGGCAGCACUCGCUCUUGCUACGGACCCUCCCCAAGACAGCGUUCUGGACCGCAAACCCGAGCCCC